AUGUUAAGUUCAUUAGGAUUUAAAACAGGAAUAAGAGCACAAUAUAAUGUUCUGGAUAAUCCUACAUUCGUAUCUGAACCUUGGGCUAUAUACCCUGCAAAACAUAAAAGUGGAAGAAUAGUAUCUGUUUUCAUAUUUGAUAAAACUAAAUUUGAAUCUCAAGUUCAAAGAAUAAGUCAAACAACAAAUCCUAAAAAGAUUAUAAAAGAAUGUUAUGAAUUAAUUAAAUCAGAAGUAAAUCAAUUGAGUAAAUUAAAACAUCCACAAAUUUUAACAAUUUAUGAAGUAUUAGAAGAAACUAAAACAAAAUUUUUAUUUGUAAGUGAAUCAAUUGGAAAUAAUUUAAUUACAGCCGGGAAUUUGGAUUCUUUAUCAAUUCAAAAGGGAUUAUUACAAUGUGCAAAAGGAUUACAAUUCUUACAUAGUAAUAAUAUUAUACAUUUAAAUAUUCAACCAUCAUCUAUAUUCAUCAACAAUCAAGGGGAUUGGAAAUUAGCAGGUUUUAAAUUUUUACAAAAUUUAAAUGAAAUAUCACCACAAGAAAGAGAUUCAUUUUUUAUAUCAAAUUCAACCGUACCAUUUGCGAAUUUAAAUUUAAGUUUUACAUCGCCUGAAUUAAUUGAGUCUGGAAGGUUAGAAAAUACAACAGAUGUUUGGUCUUUUGGAAUGUUAAUUUAUUUUUUAUAUAAUCAUGAAUUUUUAAUAAAUGCAGAUGAUUUACAAGAAUACAAACAAGAAUUUAAAAAAUUUGAAAGAAAAUUUUAUAAUCAUAAACCAACUGAAUUAAAAUAUAUUUUAAAAGAUGUACCUGAAAAAUUAUUUAUCCUUUUUCCUAAAAUAUUAGCAAGAUAUCCAUAUGAUAGAUUAACUUUGGAUCAAUUUAUUGAUUCUGAUUUUUUUAAUGGAAGUAUUAUAAAAGCAAUGUGGUUUAUUGAUGAAUUUUCUACAAAGACUAUAAAUGAAAAAAUUGUCUUUUUAAAAGGACUUCUUGAUGAUGAUGCUACUUUGAUAAAUCAAUUCCCACCAGCUUUUAAAUCACUGAAAUUGUUGCCUUUACUUAUAGGUGUACUUAUAAAUGAGUUGACAGUAUUGGAUGAAUCUGUGGUUAUAGAUCCUAAUGUUGAUGAAUUAAUUUGUCUUUCAUUGGAGAUUAUUUUAUUAAUUUCCAAGUCAUUAUCAGCAUUAACAUUUCAAGAUAGAGUGUUUAACGUAUUAUUUAAAGAUAAUACUACAUUUACGGAAAAAGUGUAUGAUGUUAUUUUCAAAGAUGAAAAAGUUAAGAAGCUAAAAACUUUCACUAAAUUAAUAAAUGCAUCAGUAAAGACAAGAUUAGUUUUAAUAAAUAACUUACCUGUAUUACAAGAAAAAUCAAAUGACAAAUUAUUCACAGGAUUUAUAAAAAGUAUACUAGAUCUUGUAUUUACAUUAUCACCAAAAGAACAAGAUCAAAAAGAUAUUCAAAUUCAAUUACAAGAAACAUUUUUAACAAGUCUACCUAAUUUUGUCAAUAAAUUUGAAUUUCCAUACAUAAAGAAUACAUUAUUCCCAUUACUUUGUAAGAUAUUCCAAUCCACAACGGUAUACUCAACAAAAUUAAAAAUUAUAGAUACAUUUGAUGCAUUUAUUGAUAAAAAAGUGAUUGAUAGAAUUAUAAUAGAAGAACAAUUACUAGUAGUAACAAAGACUAUCAAAAAUAAAGAUCAAGAUAUAAUCAUAAAAUUAUUAACGCUUUUUGAAAAAAUCAUAACUAGUGAACAUGUAAAUCUAGAUUUGAAAACAUCGAUUGAAUUGCUAUUACCACAAUGUUUUUUAUUUGCUUUUAAUUGUGAAUGUGAUCAAAAAGAAUUCAAGAAUUUUAUAUCUAUUAUAAAUAAAAUACAAAAACAAUUAGUUGAAAAGAAGUUACUGCAAUUACCAACUAUAAGUCCAACAUCAAAAAAUGGCACAAGUAAUAAUUUUGAUACUUUAUUACAAUCACAAACUAUAAAGCAACCUGAAAAAGAAGAACAAGCUCCAAAAUCAAAAGUAUUACAACCAACAACAAAAGCUUCACAACCAACUUCAAAAGUAUUACAACCAUCGAAACCCAAACCAAAGUUAACCUCAACACUAACACCAACAUCUAGAGCUACAUCAAAUCAACCACAUAGACAACCAUUAACAUCCCACAAACCAACCUCUACGUUAUCAUUUGGAGCAACAAAUUCUAACACCAACAACAAUAAUUUAUUAAAUAAUUUAAAAAGUACAUUUGAACAAAAUAAUUAUAAACAUAAUGAAGAUGAAUUUGAUGAUUUUCAACUGGCUGCUAAUAAUAUAAAAAAUGAUAAUUUUAAUAGAAUGAAAAAUUUACCAAUAACUCCUACAAAUCCAACCCCAGCAUCUAAUAGUUCAAUGAUGAUGAAUUAUAAACUGAAUGUAAAUAAUGUAAAUUAUCCACCUGGAUUCAACACUGUAUUAUCUCCCAAGGGAAAUCAAACUCAACAUUCAACUACUUCAAAUUACCAAAAUAAUAACAAUAACAAUAACAACACCAAUAUUAAUUCUGAUUUAUUAGAUUUACUUUAA